UGAGAGGAACACGCACCUCAGUCUGAACCGGACCGGAACUAUCUGCCCGACUCCCGAGGAACGCCGGGGCCGCACGCGCCAUCUGGAGCCGCUCUCGUGCUGAAGAGCGCACUUUUACGCACUGCGCAAACAGGAGUUUGCGUUGUUUCCGCAGCAGCAGGUGUCAUCCCAGUGUUCCUCCGCUCGCGCGUGUCCGGACCGGAGAUGAUGGAGUGGCUCGUGCUGGCGCUCGUGCUCAGUGUGCCGCCCUCUGUCCGCGCGCUCUGCUCCGCUCAGUGUGAGAAGUGCGCACUGGUCACGAGGCCCGGAGCCGCGUUCAGCCUGUGCAGCGCGCAGUGCGCGGAGCAGCUCAGUGACUGCGGACACACGGAGGACUGGAGCCGAGAGCAACGCGCCCUGGCGGACUGGAGCGAGGACGCGGCGGCGGCGGAGGAGGAGAGUCACGAGGCGCAGCUGGUGAAGCGCUACGGCGGAUUCAUCAAGAGGAUCGACCGGAACAAGAACAAAGCGCUGCGUCCGUGGCGCGACAACGCGGUGCUGCAGGCGGCGGUGGAGCAGAAAUAUGAGGACUUGUUAAAGCGGCUGCAGAGGGACGCUGUCCUGGAGCAGGGCUCCCGGGAGCUCAGCAAACGCUACGGAGGAUUCCUGCGGAAGUUUGGCCCCAAGACCCGGAGGAGCAGCUCCGCGGAGAGCGCGCAGGAGAGCGCGGAGCAGAGCGCGGAGCGGAGCCGGGAGGAGAGCUCCGAGGAGCCGGGAGAGCUCCAGAAGCGCUACGGGGGUUUUAUGAGGAGGAUUCGACCUAAACUCAACAACCUCCAAUGGGACAAGCGCUACGGGGGCUUUCUGCGCCGCCACUUCAAGAUCUCCGUGCGCUCCGCAGAGGAGCCGUACGCGCGGAGCCGGUAGAACCUGAACAUUAUUGGACUGAUGUUCCCCGCUGUGCUUCAGCCUUUGUCCUGUCCUGUGUUCGUGACUCACGGCUGCACUCAAUAAACGAGCUUCUUUCAUACAA